GUCGAAUUUCUGAUGCAAUAUUCGUUACUAAGACGUGAUUGCACUGUAUAAAUGCUGAUAGAAAAAGGAUUAAGAUUGUAGAAUUAAGAUGUUCAAUUAUAUUUAAAAACUAAGUAAAUUGAUAGGUUUCUCUGAGACACCAGAUUAUUUAGUGCGAUAUUCAAAAUGACUGAAGAAGACUCGGUGUUUGAUCCUACUUUAAAAAAGAAAAAGAAAAAGAAGAAAACUACCUUUGAUCUUGAUGCUGCAUUUAAUGAAGGGGGUAGCACUGGUGAUGCAACAGAAACCAGUGGUGAUAAGGAGAACCAGGAGCCAGACCCUCCUGUGCCAGCUGAAGAUGAUGAAACAUUGGACUUAGAAAAUUUUGGAAGAAAGAAAAAAAAGAAAAAAAAGGCCUUUAAUUUGGAUGAACUUGAUGCAACUUUGCCGGAUACAAAAAAAGAGGAUGUUGUUGAACAACAAACAGAGGAGGUUGCUGUGGAUGAUACAUUUGACUUAGAUAUGGACUUCUCAAAAACCAAGAAAAAGAAAAAGAAAAAGAAAGAUCUUGAUGAAUUAGUGGCAGAGGAAGAACGUAAGGAAACAGAAGAUAAAGAAAAUGCAGAAGAUACAAGUUUAUGGGUUGGAUCGGAUAGAGAUUAUACAUAUGAUGAAUUAUUGGUAAGAGUAUUUAACAUUAUGAGGGAAAAGAAUCCUGAUAUGGUUGCUGGCAAAAAGCAGAAGUUCGUUAUGCGUCCUCCUCAAGUAGUGCGUAUAGGUACCAAGAAAACAUCAUUUGCUAAUUUCACUGAAAUAUGCAAAACGCUCCAUAGGCAGCCCAAACAUUUAUUGGACUUUUUACUUGCUGAGUUAGGUACUAGUGGUUCUGUUGAUGGAAAUAGUCAACUUAUUAUUAAGGGCCGUUUCCAACAAAAACAAAUAGAAAAUGUUCUUAGGAGAUACAUUAAAGAAUAUGUUACUUGUCACACUUGUCGUUCUCCAGAUACUAUUCUUCAAAAAGAUACUCGACUAUUUUUCUUACAGUGUGAAACCUGUGGCUCGAGAUGUUCGGUGGCUAGCAUAAAAUCCGGUUUCCAGGCUGUUACUGGAAAACGUGCUGCUAUACGAGCAAAAACUGCCUAAAAAAUUUUUCACUUGUCAUAUCCACGAAUUUUGUAGCAUAAUUUUCAAAUUAUCAGAGAUGUUUUGUGUCAAAAUGCAGUUUUUACUAUACCUAUUGUAACGGCGUGCAAUCCUAACAUUUAUUUUUUACUCACAGAAUCUAACGUCGUGAAUAUCAGUAAACAAUUGUAAAAUUUUCAACGGGUAAUAAUUUUCUAUUAUCAAUUCAGGUAAUUGAAUAGAAAUUAUACAAUUAUUUCUUAACAAAUUUUCUCUAAAUUUAUCAACAUUUUUGUUUUCAUAUUGCCCUUGAAAACUUAAAUUUUAAUAUAUCAUUUAUUCUUAAAAAUAUGUAUGACUUAACUUAAUUUUAAUUUUUGAUAUACCCCGGUUUCAUUCAUAAUAAGUGCUACAUAUUGACAUUUUUCAAAAGAUACACCACUAAUCCAUACACGUUAUUCAAAUAUUGAAGAUAAAACAAUCACAUCAGUAACACGAGAUACAUUAUCCAUUUGUCUACCAUUGUGACAUAACAUUCUGUAUAAAGAACUACUAAUUAAGUGUAAAAUGAAAUGAAUUACCAGUUGUUAACAAUAGAUUUAAGCUGGUAAUAUGUGAUUUGUUAUGUCAUUUUCUAUAUACAAGAAAGUUGUAAUAUCAAAUUCCAGUACAUUAUUAUGGCGAAAAGUAUUAUUUCUGCAACUAUUUUUUAAAAGGAUCACUAUAAAGCGCAAUGAUUUUUUUCAAGCAAUCAGUGGUAAUAUUUCUUAGCUAAUUUAUUCAAUUGUAUUUACUAGGUAAUAAAUUUAUCUUAAGAAACAUUA